GGGCGCAGUAGCAGUUUGCGACGAGAGAGAGCAUCCGUGCACUGGAUGUUGUGAACCCCUAUUACGAUCCCGUGGCGCGCCGGCGCAACACGACCUUCUGGUUAGAGUAUCCAUUUUGAUCACAUAUAUCCAUCAACUAACAAUGGCAGAUAUCGAGGAUACUCAUUUUGAGACUGGAGAUUCAGGCGCCUCUGUAACAUACCCUAUGCAGUGUUCAGCACUGCGCAAAAAUGGCUUUGUCAUGUUAAAAUCGCGCCCAUGUAAGAUUGUAGAAAUGUCAACUUCUAAGACUGGCAAACAUGGUCAUGCCAAGGUUCACUUAGUAGGUAUCGACAUAUUUACUUCCAAGAAAUAUGAGGAUAUCUGCCCUUCCACACAUAACAUGGAUGUGCCGUUUGUUAAGCGGGAAGAUUACCAGCUUACAGAUAUAUCUGACGACGGCUAUCUGUGUUUGAUGGCUGAUAAUGGAGAACUGCGUGAAGAUCUCAAGAUACCUGAUGGUGAUUUGGGAACACAGCUGCGUGCUGAUUUCGAGUCUGGAAAAGAGUUACUUUGCACCGUACUCAAGGCAUGUGGUGAAGAGGUAGUAAUCGCCGUCAAAAAUAACACCUCCCUCGACAAAUAAUUGUGUUCAGCCCGACGACUACGACGACAGAAGCCCAACACAUUCGAGCAGAAACCACCCGCUUAGCCAAUCAAUCAACACCUUUACUAUUGGUCAAACAGGAUAAACAACAAUAAUAUAACCAAAAAAUCUAGAGAAAGAUGAUGAAGAGAGUGAAAGAGUGCGAAAGAGAGAGAGGGAGAGAGAAAGAGAGAAAAGGAAUAGAAAACAUACGAAAAGGGGGAGAAUGCAAAACGGGCUAGCAGUUCCAUAUAACAACAGCAACGCGCUAAUGCGAGAAACGACUUUUAUCGAAUAUAAUAUUCGCUUCAUUUAAUUUUAUUCAACAAUAUUUAAAAGAAACAAUUCCGGGAGAAUGAAAGUUAGGUAUGCGUAGAUUAUAAACACUUAUACAUGUACACAUGGUUAACAGGCAGACGUACACACACACACACACACACACACACACACACAGAGAGAGAUAUACUUGCGUAUACCUAGGCAAUUACACACGCGUUGUUUGUUAUAUAAGAAAGUGGCGGCAACUUUUCGACAGAAAGUUGAUUGGGAAAUAAAAACAGAAAGCCUUGAGAUAUAUCCUGGACCUUUUUUUUAAGAAUAGAGAGAAAGAAAUUAUUUACAACAGCUUUGUAACUUAUUACAUUUAUGUGUGAGUGCGAGAGAGAGAAAGAGUGUGUGUGAAAGUGCGAGAGAAAAGAGAAAAUUUUGUUGGAGACCAAUAUGAAGAGGUCGUGGGAAAAGGAUCCUAGAGUCCUUGAAUGUGCGCGCGGAACAAUUUUUCAUGGGAUGCUAGCGAUGCCCGACACGAAGCAGCUCACUUCAAGCAUCUUUCUUGUAAUGAUCGAUAAGACUGGAGUCUCGCUAUAUGGAAUUUCUACAGAAUGUUAAAGGUUUCCUUUUUUUCUGGAAAGAACUCGAACUCUCGAGAUUUUUAGGUCUAAUAUAAUUUAAACUUGAAAAUCAAAGUUUUUUACCAGUUUAAACGUCUAAAAAAAGAAUCAAAAUUGUUAAAACUUUAGAAAAUUGAAAAAUAUGCUGGUUUGAAACUAAAAUCUAUCAAUUUGAAGUCUUAAAUACUUAAAGAUUGAUCAUUUCAAAAUAAAUCUGACAUUCUAAUUGUUCAUUUCUGAUAACAUAAAUGGGUAAUUGGGAAAAUGAACAAAAAAUUUAACAUGCUUGAUACCUGUAUUGAUAUUUGAAAUUAUAGAUUUCGAGAAUAAAAUUCUAAAUUCGUGAAUUUAGAAUCUAUGAAUUUGGAGAUUUUUAAAUCUUUAGAUAUGCAAGCAUCUUGAUAUUUUUCAUAGAUCACAAAAUGCAGAAGCUUUAAGAAGAAACAUGAGACAUAAAGUGUGUAAUGAUUUGAAAACCGCUCAAGAUUAUGAUAUAGAAGAGUCGGAAUACACGUGAUUUAGACCUUUAAAUCCAGGAAUGUCGAGAUCUUAAAGAUCACACAAAAUAAUAUUUCGCGCGCUUUGAGAUGGCUGGUGCGGCGCGAUGCAAUAUCGUGUCACGUUCAGAGACUGUAAUUGGCUUAUGGAUGCUCAGACUUUAUUACAUUUUGUUGUAAUAUCUCGUUUUAAUAAACAUUUUUCAGAACAGGUUACAUAAACCGCCUUCAAUCAAUAAGAUAACUUUUAAUUAGAUCAUAUGUGUAAACGUUAAAACAGAGAUUAUAAUUGGAUAAAGUAAGAGAAGGGCCGCACGAAUGGAAGAUCCUUGUGUGAACUUGCAAAGUGUGCAUGAAAAGAAUUUUUCCUUAUACCCUUUCCAUCUCGUGACAUCGUUUGUAUAAAAGAAAAAAAAUUGUUCCGAAAGUGCAGUCUGAAUGAUUAGGAAUAAUUAUAAGCAGAUAAUUAACUACAAAAGUGUAAUCACAGUUAUCAUUGGAAGGUAUACGUUUUUUCUUCCUCAUAGAACUCUGCGACUUUAAAUUUAUUCGAUUUGGUGUCCUCGCGAUAAAAUUCGUAUUCUGUUUCGUGUUUUUUGUAAAAGAAUUAUUUUCAAUACGACAUAUGGCGUUCUAGAGAUCUUAAGUUUUUAUUUUUUUUUCUACAUUAAAACAUUCAGAUUGUUCAUAUAACUUACUACGAGAACUUGGCAUCACUGAACCUCGUUAGGAUCGUCGAUUUCAAAAUAUGCUCCUAACGAUCAAAUCCUUUAAUACUUAAUAAAGUUUCUUUACGUAACAAAUACGAAGACCCCAAAUCGCCCUAAAUAUAUGUAUAUGUAAAUUUGGAUAUAUCUAACAAUUAUUAUCCUUACAUUCCUCCUAAGAGUUACGUCUUAUAAGUUUAUUUUCGAAUUUUUUUAUUAGAUUGCGAAAACCGCGAAACAACGCGCCUUCCUUGAUGACUUUGAUUUUUUGCGACGAUAUUAAAAUCGAGAUACUUGUCUAUUAUAAUCGAAAUAAACAAAGUAACGUCUAAUUAAUUAAAUACUGUAAUCUAUGUGUGCUAUGUUGGACCAGACUCAUAAUUCUUUCGAUUGUUAAUUAUAACCGAAAGAGAGAAGGUAUCAAUAUUCGUAUGA